AUGGUUCGUCUCAAAACCCGUUGGGUGUUGACUCGCCUCGAUUUGUUCCAGGAUAUUAUUAUUGGGAGUACUAGUCCUCGGCCGGAUUGGUUUCCCACGAAAAAAGAGUUUGCCAAGGCACUCAAGGAAAGCAUCAUCUCGUGUUUUGGAACAUCUGCCAGUGAUGCCGCAUUCGAUGUGCAAGUUCGCCUGUGUGAUGCCACAUCCAGACUCGUUCUUUUUCGAGUAUCCAGAGAGAACUAUCCCAAAGUCAGAGCCAGCUUAACCAUGCUCACCACUAUGCCAGUGUCUCCCACAACAACGUCAACGUCAACAACAACGUCCAAUAAUAAUGAUGAAACCAGCAAAUCACAAUCUACCAUAUCGCGAGUCACCACGUCUGUCGUGUCGGUUCAUGGGUCCCCUCGAACCACAAAACUUAACACCAUGAAGCAACUACGGAAAGCCUAUCAGAGAUAUCAACAGCAGGAUCCAAAACAAAAAGCAAAGCUGGGUCGAGAGCUUGGGGAAUGCUUGGCAAAAGUUCAUGCCAUGGACUACAUUUAG